UGAAUCAGUCCUGAAGUGCAGAAGCCUGUCGCCCAUCUGACUAGUUCUUCAACAGGAAGUCAUUAGCAAUGGACACUUCUAAGGGUGAGGAGAACCCACAACAUGCGACCAUCAACAACCAAGGAGACUCGGAGAACAUGGAGAAAUCAGACGAUGGUGAUGGAAAGAAAGAAGGAAAACAUCAUGUUACAUUUGGCGGAACGGAAGCACAAAGUGUUGCGAUUGAGAUCGCCAACCCGAAAAGCCAAGAUAACAAACUUGGUGCCAACUCCUCACAAACUGGCACAAGUGAUCCCGUACACACCGGACGCAUAAGAUCAAUAACAGCCAAAGUGCUGGCAGGGGCUGGAGUUGCUAGGAGCGCACUGUCCGCAAUUCAGGCUAAACUCGGAAAGUUUUCAUCGCUCGUACUUGGACAACUCUCCGCUGGUCGCAUAAAGUUAACUUCACCCCAGUUACUCGCAAAACGAUCUGUGGUGGACAAAAUUGAAACACAUGAGAAACAGGCGGCAGAGAUGCAGCGGAUGCAAAGUUGCUUCGUAAGGGUGUUAGAGGCUCUGGGCCUUCGGAAAUCGGUGCUGGAGGUUAUGCAUGAGAGGCUCAAGGAAGCCAUCCGAAACGAAUUCAACAUUGUGGAGCACACAUGGGAAAUUGACACUGUUUGCCAAUACUACAAAACAGAUCGAGAAAAGGGAUUGCCCUUACCACAAGCGGAACUCCAUUUGGAAAAGUGGGGACCGAACAAGAUUUCCCCUCCGAAAGAGACACAUUGGCUUAUCAAGUACUUGAAGUCAUAUACAGAUCUUUUUGCAGUGUUGUUGAUGAUUGCGGGUGUUUUCUGCAUUGCUGUUUAUGUCAUGGACCCGGUGGAGAACCAUGUUGAAAUAUAUUUGGGAUUUGCUUUGUUUUCCGUUGUGUUUUUCUCUGUCACAUUUGAUUUUGUACAGCGGUCAAAAUCUGCAAAAGUUAUGGAAGGAGUCGAGAACGUAAGAGAAAUUCGCGGGCGCGCUUGCGGAAUUUAUAGCAGCGAGGAGGGAGCCAAGGGAGGGAGAAUGCAGGGGGAAAGUCAAAGUGUAAGAGGAGAAGCAGGAGGAGAAGACUUUGAGAAGAGUGCUUCGCGGAAGCCAUGUUGAUGCUUCGAAACUCAAGAUUAACCAAUCAGACUC